AUGGUUUGGAUCUACGGGGGAGGUUUCUCUGAGGGUAAGCACAUUCGCGCCACUGAAUUGCCCAAUUAACGGAUUCCACAGGCAGUAAAGACCAUUACCAGUUCAAUCCAGUUGGGCUUCUUGCGUGGUCAGUGAUGGAUGGCAAAGACGGUAUUUUUAUCGUGCGACUAAACUAUCGGCCGGGAAUGUUCCGGUUCCUAAACGCCCCAGCAGCAGAUGCUAACGUUGGAUUGCAAGACCAGCGGCAGGCGCUGAAGUGGUAAGUUCUCUGCCAGAUACACAUGCAUUCAGAAAUACCAAUUGUAGAUGUGUAGGGUUCAGAAGUAUAUACGCUUGUUUGGUGGUGAUCCCGAGAACGUCACCAUCUUUGGGGAAUCGGCAGGGGGAGGGAGUAUUAUGCACCAUCUUACUGCAAAUGGAGGCAAAGGAAAUGUACCAUUCAAGCGAGCGAUUGGUCAGAGCCCGGGGUAUACCUUAUCCAUUCAAGACAAAGAGAUUCUGCACCGGCUUUUCGCAACAGCUUCAGAGAUACCCGGCAAGCCCGUGGCAACUGUCGAAGAGUUAAACAAUCUUGAUACCGACGAGCUUAUUGCAGCAAACGCAAUGACGAUAUUUCCCUCUUGUCAUGGUACUUACAGAUUUGGUCCAGAGUCAGGGGGCUCCUAUACACCGAAAUUACCCGGGCAGCUUUUAUUGGAAGGGCGGUACCACCAGGAUGUAGAUGUAAUGGUCGCUCACAACGCUCAUGAAGCAGGAGGAGUCUUUCCUAAAGUUAAUUCAGAGGAUGAUGUUCGUAAGGUCAUCAUUGACAAUCUGGCCAGCAUCUCUGCCAAAGGCGUGGAUAGUGUCUUGCAACUAUAUCCUGCUCCGCCUUAUGGUCAGCUGUAUACCACCCAAGAGACUCGUGCCGAGACCAUCUUCAGUGAGAUACUUUUCCAAUGCAAUUCUCGCUAUGUUGGAAAGGCAUACUAUAAUUGUUGGAACUAUCGCUUCCAAGCAGAGCAAGGCCACCAUGGCCAAGACAUCAAGUGGACAGUCCUUGACGGGCAUACAUCUAACGUCACGGCCCCUCAGCUGGCGGAGCUUAUGCAGGACUAUUUCCUGCAGUUUGCCACGACGAGCAAUCCGAAUGAUCAAGCUUCAGGCUGACCUACCUGGCCAAAGUACUCCGUCGGCGCCGAAGUAAUGACCUUUGGACCGACUAUAGCAGCUACGGAUCAUGACGAGAUGGCGAAUGAGCGCUGCGAGUUCUGGCUAAGGGGCGCAUAUAUGCAGAUAUAGGCUCGGAUAUAAGUAUCGAGGUACACAGUAACCUCCGGAUAAAUGUACAUUUCUGUAUUUUGCUUCUAUCCAUGUCAAUAAAAAAAGUUGCAUACCGUUUCACAAAUGCAUGCAUCGUGUAUAGCAUCCGGACCACCCGGAGGUAUGACGUUUGCUGCUUCAAAACAUGAUGUCUCUCAUCGGGCGUAAUAAAAAAAAAGAAUGAUGAUCCAUUGAAAUGUAACAUUUUAAAACUUGACAUUUGAAUGACGAUG